CUCAAUCACACGCCUCUAAAAGCAUGAAUCUUCUUGUGCUCUUGCUCUGCGUCCUCCUGGAGCUCCUUGCUGUCACCUGUCAGCAGCUGAUACAGGGCCGGAUAAUAGGUGGCUAUGCUCCUGCUCCGUACUCCAUCAAGUACAUUGUGUCCAUCCAGAGUGUUGUGGGACAGCACUUUUGUGGAGGCACUUUAAUUAACAAGUACUGGGUGCUGACCGCUGCACACUGCAAUAUAGGUGCUGGAAACAUGAGGAUCGUAGCUGGAGAUUACUCUCUAGGAACAUAUGAAGGCACAGAGCAGUACCGCACACCACACUCCCUAAUACCUCACCCGCAGUACAACAAAACCACCAACAAUGCAGACAUCAUGCUCAUUAAGCUGCAGACGCCAGUGGUUCUGAACAACUAUGUGUCCACUGCUCCACUGCCCCGCCAGGGGGCUACUCUGCCCGAGGGGCGAGUGUGCAGAGUGUCCGGAUGGGGGUUCACCACUCCCACCGGAGGAAUCCCAACAUCUCUCCGCACCGUCACGCUGCCCAUAGUGUCCAACUCCAGAUGCAACAGCACUGACUCCUUCAACGGCACCAUUACAGACAGCAUGAUCUGUGCCGGCUACGCUGCAGGAGGGAAGGAUGCAUGCAGUGGGGACUCUGGGGGUCCACUGGUGUGUGAGGGCCGAGUGUACGGGAUAGUCUCCUGGGGCAACAGCUGUGCAGAUCCUCAGUAUCCUGGAGUCUACACCGCUGUGGCCAAGCUCCGCAAGUGGAUAGACGACACCAUAUUUAGCUUUUAUGGAAACUGCUUGAGGAAUUAGACUGUAGUGUUAAACACCUGCACAACCUCAACACCUGCGUAACCUCAACAGCUCAGUUACCUUGAACUUGAAAGCACAUGAAAAUGCAUGCCAAAAUCAAUGCUAAUGAUAUAAAUCUUCCUGUUAUGUUAAUACAUUAAAGUUGUAAAGAGUAAGUUAUGAUAUGUUAAAAAAUAGAAACCAGGAUAAGGCUGAGUUCACAUUACAAGCCUCACUGCUCAAAUCCUUCUAAUUCGUGUAGGUAACGAACCUGCGUACUGAAUCAACCUGCAUGUACACAUUAUAGUCAGUAAUGUCACAUGAUUGAAUGAUGUGCCUCACAAACAACAAAUAAACUAACCAGCAAAACAAGCCUUCAUCUCAGCAGCUAUUAGCUGUUCUUUAUUAGAGGAAGAUGAAGGUGAAAAAGGGGUCAGAUACAUUUACUGCAGAGUUUACUGGCACUAACUUCAUGUUAGAAACAGCUGCGAUGGGAACACUGAAGGAUGGCGCAUGUGCAGUGUGAAAACACAUGAAUUCUGACCUGAGUGUUCUCAUUAAGGUUGCUUGGCCACCAAUCUGACAUGCAUCCGAUCUAGGACCACAUAUGAAAGAUUACGUUCACA